AUGCCGGCGAUAUUGACUAAGAUUCGUGAGCAAGCAUCAAGGGUGCAACCCUCGAUUGCCUUGGGGGUUGGAGUGGGGGUGGCGCUUGCUGCGUGUGCUGUAUACGGGACAAGGGAGAAGAAACAAACACAAUCAUGCAAUAAUAACAAUAAUUAUAAGGUUACCAAAAAUGGCAAGCUACACACAGUCCAAGAGGGCACGGCAAAUGGUGACACCUGCGGUGGCCGGUGUGGAGCAGAGCAAUGUGCGCUUUGCCGCGGGGACGCCGACACCGACAAUAAACAAAACAUUGAAGAUGCAGACGAAACACAAUCUAUCGAGGAGCACGUGCCAGGGCUCAAUCUCGAAUUUCUGCGGCAAUUGAUCUCGUUGGCGAGGAUCAUGGUCCCAGGAGUCAGGAGUCACGAAGUGGCCCUACUUACUGCACACACCGCUUGUCUCUUCUCUAGGACGUUUCUGUCUAUAUAUGUGGCGUCAUUGGAAGGAUCCAUUGUAAAACACAUAGUCCAAAAAGACAUGCGCCGUUUCGCGUACCUUUUGAUGCAGUGGUUCGGUAUUGCCAUUCCGGCCACAUUCAUCAAUUCCAUGAUCAGAUACCUCGAGUCCCGCCUAGCGCUGGCCUUCAGGACAAGGCUUGUGAACCACGCCUACAAUCUGUACUUCAAGAAUCAAACUUACUACAGAGUCGCCAACUUAGAUGCUAGGAUUGAAAACGCUGACCACAGGUUGACAGAAGACGUGUCAGUAUUUACCCAGUCGGUGGCUCACCUGUACAGUUCGUUGACGAAGCCCCUGUUCGACCUGCUACUCAUCGUUCUGACUCUCGCCAGCUACUCAAACAAGAUGAAGGGCAAUAUUUUUAUGGGUCCCGGUAUAGCCACAGUGGUGAUCUGCAUGACCGGCCAGUUACUGAGGAUACUGAGUCCCAGGUUCGGCGCCCUGGCGGGUGAGGAAGCUCGUAUGAAGGCGAAUCUCCGACACGUUCACGCGCGACUCAUUGCCCACGCUGAGGAGGUCGCUUUCUAUGGUGGACAUAAGGUGGAACUAGGGCAACUCCAAACAGCAUACAAGGAGUUAGUGGCACAGAUGACGUCAGUGUUCAACAAGAAACUAUGGUACGUGAUGCUGGAGCAGUUCUUCAUGAAGUACGUGUGGUCUGGCACUGGCAUGGUUAUGUUGGCACUGCCUAUACUCACCGCCACCAGGAGUGAUGGUUCAAGCCAGGGAAUAAGUGAUAGAGCCGAAUACAUGACGACGUCAAGGAAUUUGCUUAACUCAGCCGCAGACGCCAUCGAAAGGCUCAUGUCCAGUUAUAAGGAGGUGGUGACGCUGGCGGGGUACGCGACGCGCGUGUCGGACAUGCUGGUGGUGUUCGGCGAGGUGGCGCGCGGGCGCUGCGUGCGCGCCGUGCACGUGCCGCCGCUGCACGCCGCCUUCCAGGUCACCUUCCGCGACAACCGCCCCGUGCCGCAAGGUAAAAUCAUUUACACAAAUGAUCUAUCCAUCAGUCUUAGAGGAGUGCCGAUAGUUACUCCAGCGUGUGACGUAGUCGCGGGAGGAGUGACGCUGGAUAUAGCGCCCGGUACCCAUCUGCUCAUUGUUGGGCCGAACGGAUGCGGCAAGUCCAGUCUGUUCCGCAUAAUCUCUGGUCUGUGGCCGGUGUUCGGCGGCGAGCUGCACGUGCCGCGGCCGUGCGCGUGCGCGCACUGCGCCGACGAGACCAACCUCGACGGCAGCGGCUACUGCUCCUCGCGCCCCAUCAUGUUCUACAUACCGCAGAGGCCCUAUAUGUCCAUGGGUUCUCUAAUAGACCAAGUGACGUAUCCAUCAAAAGUGAAAGAGGGAGACGUGGCGGCGGAACGUCGUGCCCUACACAUACUGAAGACGGUCCGACUGGACCAGUGCGCAGCCAGACAUGGAGGACUAAGGGCUGACAGGGACUGGAGGUCUACGCUGUCGGGAGGGGAGAAGCAGAGGAUGGCCAUGGCGAGAAUGUUCUACCACAGACCGGUGUACGCGCUGCUGGACGAAUGUACGAGCGCGGUCUCCAUGGAGACAGAGGUGGUCAUGUACGAGGAGGCCGUCAAGGAGGGCAUCACGCUCCUCUCCAUCACUCACAGGCCUAGCGUCUGGAAAUACCACACGCACGUUCUGGAGUUUGACGGCGCGGGCAACUGGUCGUACCGUCCGCUGGAGAAGGACGCGCCCGCUCCACUCCCCGCGCUGCCCGCCCCCGCCCCCGCCCCCGUCCCCGCCCCCGCCCCCGCCCCCGCGGAUCCUGUGGCCGAGCACUGA